AUGGGUAUGUUUUGUGAUGAUGCUAUUGUGCUAAGAAGAACCUUAAACCUGAUUAAGAAUUCGACAAGAUUGUGCCAUCUUCUCCAACUUCACUCUCUGUUCCUCAAAGCCUCUCUUGAUCACAACCCUAACAUCAUCUCACAUUUCAUCUUAUCAGCUUCAUCAAUUUCACUCCCUUACACCAAUUCCUUCUUCCACUCUUUACCCAUCAUUCCUCCACUCUUCGCAUGGAACACCAUCAUCAGAGCUUUCUCUAAUACUCAAACCCCAAUUCAUUCAAUCUACCUCUUUCGCCAACUUCAAAGUUCGCCUUUUUCGCCGAACAAUUUUACCUACCCUUUUGUUCUCAAGGCCUGUGCUCGCAUUUCAUCGAUUUCACUUGGUGGGGUUAUUCAUUCUUUGAUUGUUAAGAAUGGGUUUUGUUCUGAUCGGUAUAUAGGUAAUGCCCUUUUGAGGUUUUAUUCUGAUUGUGGUGAAAUUGGGUUUGCACGAAAGGUGUUUGAUGAAAUGUCUGACAGAGAUGUUGUUUCGUGGAGUUCCAUGAUUGGUGGUUAUGUUUGUUCCAAGACACCUUUAGAGGCUUUGAAUGUGUUUCAAGAGAUGAGGUUGGCUAAUGAAAAGCCGAAUUAUGUGACUUUGGUUAGUUUGCUUUCGGCUUGUACUAAAAUGAUCAAUGUCUGUGUUGGUGUGUCCAUUCAUUCUUAUAUUAUAAGGAAUGACAUUGAAAUGGGUGUUGAGUUAGGCACUGCUUUGUUUGAGAUGUAUUCAAAAUGUGGGAAGAUUGAGAAAGCACUUUUGGUUUUUGAUUUAAUGCCUGAAAAAAAUUUGCAGUCAUGCACAAUCAUGAUUUCUGCUCUAGCGAAUCAUGGUCGUGAAAACGAUGCUAUUUCUCUGUUUAACCGGAUGGAGGAUAUGGGGUUGCAACCUGAUAGUUUAUCUUUUUCUGUGAUUUUGUCUGCCUGCAGCCACAUGGGACUUGUUUAUGAGGGGAAAAUGUAUUUUGAUAAGAUGGUGAGAUUGUAUAACAUAAAGCCAACUGUUGAGCAUUAUGGAUGCAUGGUUGACUUGUUAGGAAGAGCUGGCUUGAUGCAAGAAGCUUAUGAUAUCAUCAAGAAUAUGCCGAUGGAAUCUAAUAGUGUCAUAUUGAGGAGUUUCCUUGGUGCUUGUAGAAUUCAUGGGUUGGUUCCUAAUUUGGAUGAUGAUCUAAUGUCUAAACUGGAGUCUGAAUUGGGAGCAAACUAUGUACUAAUUGCGAAUCUAUUUUCUGACCGUUCUUCCUGGAAGGAUGCAAAUGACUUGAGGUUGGCCAUGAAGCGGAAAGGGUUGAAGAAAGUUCGCGGUUGUAGUUGGUUGGAGGUGCAAAAUUGA